UUGACCCUUGCUUGGGUUGGCAUAUUACUUUACCAUAUGCACCAGAUGCCCAGCGAUACUAGCACCUCCGACUCUCUGAAGCAUGGAUCCACAAAUGUCAAUGUCCACCCACCUCUCAACCAUUCUCCGGUCCCAGAAUUAUUUUUUCGCAUCAAUAGUGGUUUUAUGGGUCUACGAUUGUAUCCUGAACUUGGACCAGGAGGUAUCUCUGAUUCAUUGCUCACCAUGGAAGAAAGGAAGCUUUUUUUAUAUCUUGGCGAGAUACAUGCCAGCCUUCAUGCUCGCUGUACACUUAUGCAUGAACUAUCUCCCGGAUGAAAAAAUUGUGACUUGUAAACAUCUACAUUCACUUUGGUUUUGUACUGCUGGAUUGUGCAUAUUUGGUGCAGAAGGUAUCUUCGCCCUUCGUACCUAUGCAUUAUGGAGACAAAAGAAAUCCAUUCUGGGUCUUAUGUUGUCAACGAUAGUCUGCCUGGUGAUCGUAAACGUGGUUAUAGCACUGAUGGUCUCGAAACCGACGGAACGUGAGUGUUUUCAAGAGCCACAUGCAAACCGCUCAGUGUGGGUCGAUGACAGUCCGACUACUAGUAUCACACAUGGGUAGCGGUUGUUACACAUUAUCCCACGACUCGAAGGCUGCAUAUGA